AUGACAGAGUCCACUGAGCCCGGUCCAGUACCGGCGCCCGAACCCUGGCCCGCCGCGCUCAACAGGCCGCGGAUCCCCCUCCUCAGCUUCAACCCGCUCUGCCUCUCCCAGUGGCACCAGGACGCGGCCGCCCACACAGGCCACCCCAUGGUCAUCGCCUUCUGCGGGGUAGAAUUUCUCGCAUCGCCGAUAUCCUUCCAGGCCUAUGUCACCUAUGACACGUCCCACCUCAGCCGCGAGGAACGCGCCAACCUAGCCAAGGAGCUGUUCGACGAGGUCGCCCCCGCGCAUACCAGGCAUCCAGUCCGCCUCGAAGUCACUUUUCUGGGGCCUGUGGGUAGUAGUAGCAGCAGUAGUGCGGAUGGUGUAGAGCCAAGUGCCACCGUGAACGGCUGGCAGCAACAGGAGGACCUGGUGCACCGGCGGGAAUACAUUUCGGCGUGCAUUGACCACUAUCGCUCCGUGCGGACCUUUCAAACGAAUUACCAAAACUGGUCCUCGAGGAUGGUCCGGUCGUACAGGUCCGAGGGUAUGGACGGCUACGCUGGAUUCUUGAUCACCGUGCCCGUACCGGACUGGAAGGAGAAGGGUGCGUUGGGGUUGCUGUAUUUCGACUACCAGAGGACUAAGAAGAGGAAGCGGGGCAUAGACGAGAGGGAAAAGACGCAUGCGGACGGGGCGCCAGAUCCCAGGUACUUGUGGCCGACGGCGAAGUACGCAAACAUGAUGAAGGAGGAGCCGGAGGUUUUCAUAAAGAAAAGGUUGGAGGAGCUGCGUGAUAAAAUCCCCGGGGUUGUGUGGAAGAGAAAAAAGGAGACCAAGGAAGAAGAAGACAUGGAUGACUGGUUGUGGAUGUAUCACCAGAUCGAGGGCAAGUGGUUCACCGAACGUUGGAGAGAGGUCUACCCCACCUUGGGGAAGACGAAGAAAAAUCGCAAGAGUCGCCAAACGUCGCAAAGCGUCCCAUUGAGCGAUCAAGCGCCAUCGGAACACCCUGAAACUGCACAGUCAAGCGCAUGA